AUGAAUCAUUGUGAGGCUGCACACGACUUGCUUAUGCAGACGGUAAGAGAUAUAAAAAUUGAUGUUGCCCUCUUAUCAGAACCUUACAAACAUCUAACUGAUUGGCCAUGGGAAACGGACAGUACCACCAAAGCCGUUAUUUGGUCCUGUGGCAAGUUUUGUUUCCAAAAUGUUGUUAACAAUAGCAACGCAGGAUUUGUCGCAGCAUCAUUAGAUGGCAUACAUUUAUACAGCUGUUACGCUCCACCUAGUCUUUCUUUGCCAGAUUUUGUCGAUUUUUUAGAUCGUCUUGUGGAGGAUGCAAAACGACACCACCCCGUAGCGAUAGCCGGUGACUUUAACGCAUGGGCGGUAGACUGGGGAAGUAGGAAGACUAAUGCAAGAGGUAAAGCACUUUUGGAGGCCUUCAAUGCACUUGACGUGGUUUUACUUAAUAGUGGUGAUAAACCAACCUUUGAAAAGGGCAGUGCAAGCUCAAUAAUAGACCUUACUUUUGUUAGCAAUAGCCUCGUCAGAGGAAUUUGCAAUUGGGAGGUAUUAGAUAUCUACACUGCUAGUGACCACAAUGCAAUCAUCUGGGAAAUAUCAACAGAUAGAAACAUUAGAAGACAUGCGAAAAUAUCUAAAGCCAUUGGACAAUCUGUGCACUGGUGGACUGAAGAAAUCAGCUCUCUUCGUAAAGAGUGCCUAAAGAAAAGAAGGAUCUCUCAGCGUGGAUUUAGUCUCAGUAAUUCUGCACAACUGGUAGUGGAAUAUAAACAAGCACGUAGACAACUAAAUAAAGCUAUCAAAGAUAGUAAAGUUAGGUGCUGGAAAGAACUUUUGGAUGAAGUCGAGGAAAAUCCAUGGGGAAGACCUUAUAAGACUGUAAUGUCUCGCCUCAAAAGCCAGCCAAUACCUUCACCAACUUGCCCACGACUAUUGAAUAAAAUAGUAACUACUUUGUUUCCACGACAACCUAAUUUGAACUACCAGGUAACACAUGUAGAACAGAAUAAUAUUCCACUUAUAACACUGCAAGAACUGAUGGAAGCUUGUCAUCGCGUUGUUCCUCGUGCUAGUCCUGGUCUUGCUGCUUGCUGGAUACUCCGUUUUAGUUUAAUUACUCUGCAGCCUCUGGUUGCGAAGAAAACCGGAUCCAGAUUUCACCAAGCACAAUUCACAAAACUAACACUUCACUACAAGGAAAUCCACCGCUUGACACCAUGA